UUGAUCUCAUCAUCCAACCCCUUCCCAUCCAAUGGUCCACAAUUGCUGUCAGUCCCCAUUUUGCCAGGUGGCGUAUCACGUGAAUGUUUACGUUAAAUCCGGCUACACAGCUGAUCACUACCCACUGGUUUUCAUGUUCAUUUUCAAUUUUAAUUUAAAUUUAAUUUAAAAUGUUUUUUCUCUCUCUAAAAUAGUAAAAUUAUGAUCUGAUUGUUCGUACCCUCACCGUACGUAACAAACCGCCGUUAACGUCACCGGAGAUCCACCACGCCGGAGAACAAGAAUAUGAUCUGAUGAUCGUAUCCUCACCGUACGAAGCAAACCGUCAUUAGCGUCAUCGCCACCGUCACCGAAAUCGUCGCCGGAGCCGGAGAUCCACCACGCCGGAGAAGAAGAUGACCGUCAUUCGAAAGCGGAGAUUCAACGCUUCUUGUUCUCGUUCUGCCUUCGUCUGUAACAUUCUUCUUUUCCUUUUUGUUCCGACUUAGAUUCGUUAUUCGUAGGGUUUUGGAUUCAGAUCGUACUUUUUUUAUGAUUUAUCUUCGUUGUUUGAUGUGAUGGAGUCGUGUUUGAUUCUCUCUGUACUCUCCGAUGACAUCCUGUCACGGAUUCUCGAUCGUUUGCUCGACGAUUUCGAUCGGAAAUCGUUUCGAGCGACGUGUAAAACGUUUCACCGAGUUGAAUCGGUUCAUCGGACUCGGUUGAAGUUCUGGCGACCUGAAUUUGUUCCAGGUUUGUUACGGAAUUACACGUGUGUAGACACGAUUGAUUUCUCCGUGUGUCCGCGGAUCCACGACGGAUCGGUUUCGGUGUUGUUGAGUGACGUCAGCUGUUUAGGUUGGGCGCGUAGGUUGAAGAAGGUUGUGUUGUCUAGAACGACGUCGUUGAGGUUUUCUGGAUUGGAGAUUCUAGUCGCUUCAUGCCCUAGGUUGCAGGCGGUGGAUGUGUCACAUUGUUAUCAGUUUGGAGAUAGAGAGGCGGCAGCGUUGUCGUGUGCGGCGGAGUUGAGGGAGGUUAAGUUGGAUAAGUGUUUGAGAUUGACGGAUGUAGGUUUGGCUAAGAUUGCUAUCAGGUGUCAGAAGUUAGAGAAGUUGAGUUUGAAAUGGUGUUUGGAGAUUACUGAUUUGGGGAUUGAUCUGUUAUCUAAUAAGUGUUUGAGAUUGAAGCAUCUCUGCAUUUCAUACCUCAAGAUAAGUGAUGAGUCGCUAAGGUCGAUAACUAAUUUGAAAAAGCUGGAGGUGUUACUAAUGGUGGGGUGCGGAUUGGUGAGCGAUGAAGGCUUGAAUUUUAUUGGAAAUGGUUGCCCUUCACUUCAGGUAUUAGAUGUAUCGAGGUGUGAGCACGUGAGUUCUGCUGGCCUUGUUAGCGUCACUAGAGGGUGCAUAGGCCUUCAAAAGCUCAAUGCCGGUUACUACUUUCUCGAGCUUUCCACCACUGUUUUUCAGAAUUUUAAGGACUUGAAGUAUCUGAAAACAAUUAGAGUUGAUGGAGCCCGAGUUAAUGACUCUUUCUUUCAGAUGAUAAGCACUAAUUGCUUGUUUUUGGUUGAAGUUGGACUGAGCAAAUGUGAAGGUGUGAAUGAUGCAGGUGUUAUGCAGCUUGCAUAUGGGCAUCCUGGCUUGAAAGUACUUGAUUUAACAUGCUGUAAUGAUCUCACUGAUAUGGCAAUAUCAGCUAUAGCACACUCAUGUACGAAACUUUUGUGCCUCAAGUUAGAGUCUUGCUCUCUGCUCACUGAAAAAAGUUUUAGUUUUAUUGGGUCAUCAUGUGUAUUACUAGUGGAGCUCGAUCUAACAGAAUGUUGUAUAAAUGACAAAGGACUUGAAUAUCUGUCUAAAUGUGUGGAGCUCCAGUGCUUAAGAUUAGGGAUCUGUACCGAUAUUUCAGGCAAGGGAUUGUCCUACAUUGCUUCAAACUGCAAAAACCUCAAAGAACUUGAUCUAUACCGGUGUUUAAAUGUUGGUGAUGAUGGGUUAGGUUUUAUAGCAAGUGGCUGUAAAAAGAUCCGGAAGCUAAACAUGUGUUACUGCACUAAAAUUACAGACAUCGGGAUGACAUUUUUAAGCCAGUUGGAGGAGUUAACAGAUUUGGAGAUGCGCAGUAUUUCUAAAGUCACAAGUGCGGGUCUGACAGCUGUUGCUUCGGGAUGUAGGAAACUUUCGGAAUUGGAUAUUAAACAUUGUGGGAAUAUCAAUGAUGCCGGUUUUUGGUCACUUGGCUACUACUCUUGGAAUUUGCAACAGAUUAAUUUAAGCUUCUGUGAUGUAUCCGAUGUCGGUUUGUGCAUGAUGAUGUCUAACUUGACACGCCUACAAGACGUGAAGAUGGUGAACCUGACAAAAGUGUCGGUAAGAGGGUAUGAACUUGCACUUAGGACUUCUUGUGCUCGACUUAAAAAGGUUAAGGUGCUUGCUUCACUCAGGCCACUUCUUUCGGUUGAGUUACUUGAGGCUCUUGGUGCAAGUGGUUGUAGAAUUAGAUGGGAUUAAUUACAUGUUUGAUAAAACUGUAUCACUUAAGUGUUGUAUGAAUAAAUAUGUGUGUGAAGUCUUGGAGUUCCAUGGAGAUGAUUUUGACCCGAAAUUUACAUCAUGUAUGCCCUUUAAAUAAUACCAAAUUUGUAUCAAA